GGCAGAGGGUCCAAAGCCCAGCCCGUUUCCAGUGGCCACAGGGCUGCCCUUUUCCCUGCUCUGGCCUUCGCCUUGUCCCUCGCCCCCAUCCGCCCCUCUUUGCCCAUUUGAGGGGUGAAGAGGUGAGGGCCAGAGCAAAGUCUUAGGGAGUUGGCAUAAUGAGGCAAAUGAUAAGCGUGAACACCUCCCCCUUCCUCCAGCCCGCCCGCCUUUCCCCUCGGACUGGGCCUCGCCCUCCUCAUCUCCCUCUCCUCACAACGGCUCCUGCCGGCCAACCGGCCUCAGGUGCCUCCAACUCGGCCUCCCCGGCUCCCCCUCACCCCUUACCCCGCCUGCCUGGACCUGCAGGAGUCAGAUGGGGGUCGACUGAGAAGCCGGUUCGAGUUGGACUCCCAGACAACUACCCUCUGCUGAGAGAUUUUCUCCCUUCCCGCUUCCUCCCGUUCCAGCGUCUCCCUCUUCCGAAAGAGCCAGGAAGUCCUCCCUGUGGUCUAACCCUCCAUCCCUCCUGCUGCAGGGCAGCUCGGUUCCUCUGGUCCCAGCUCCCGAGUCUCUCGGAAGGGGGAGAUGGAGGGGUGGAUGUGGAAUUCGUGAGUAAUAGCUACCUAGCCGCUCCCCGGGCCGGGCAGGUCACCCAGCCGGGGGAGAUUUCCCUCUUCUCCGGACACUUUAACGUGUCCGUUGCUGCUGUCCCGGGGCCGGCCGGUCGAAAACAUCUCUCAGGAGGACAGGCAGGAAGCAGACACCGGGACGAUGGCGACCACUGUCUUCGAAAACCCGACGGUCACCGCCUUUACGGUGGACUUGGACUAUGACUUUCACUGGAACGACAUCGAGCCUAAGAGGCCGCUCUCGGCGAUGAACGUGGUGGGGCUGACCAUCUACGCCUUGGUCUUCCUGGUGGGAGUGCCGGGCAACGCGGCCGUGGCCUGGGUGACCGGGGCCGAGGCGCGCCGGACGGUCAACGCCGUGUGGUUCCUGCACCUGUCGGUGGCUGACCUCCAGUGCUGCCUGUCGCUGCCCCUCCUGGCCGUGCCCCUGCUGAGGGACGGCGACUGGCCGCUGGGGGAAUUCGCCUGCCGCGUGCUGCCCUCCCUGAUUCUGCUCAACAUGUUCGCCAGCGUGCUGCUGCUGACCGCCAUCAGCGCCGACCGCUGCGCCCUGGCGCUGCGCCCCGUCUGGUGCCAGAACCACCGGAGCCCGCGACUGGCCUGGGCCGUGUGCGGGGCCUCCUGGGGGCUGGCCCUGCUGCUGACCGCCCCGUCCUUCGUCUACCGCACCAUCCACCGGGAGGCGUUCCCGCCGCGCACCGAGUGCGUGCAGGACUACGGCGGGGACGCCCAGGCUGAGGGAGCCGUGACGGUCAUACGCUUCACCACCGGCUUCCUGGUGCCACUGGCCGUCAUCAGCGGCUGCCACGGCGUGCUGCUGGCGCGUUUGCGGGGUGGUCCCAUGCCCCGGCCACUGCUCCUCGUUGUAGUCGUGGUGGCCAGCUUCUUCCUGUGCUGGUGUCCCUAUCACGUGGUGGUGCUGGUGGUGGCGGCCGCGGCUCCACAGUCCAGCCUCCUGCAUCGGGCCCUGCAGGCCGAGCCCCUGGCCUUGGGCCUGGCGUUAAGCCAGAGCUGCGUGAACCCAAUCCUAUUCCUGUGCGCUGGGCGGAGCCGGCUCCGCCAGUCUCUGGGUGCAGCCCUGCGCCGGGGGCUGGGGGAUGAGGGAAGUUGGGGGACAGUGGGGGUGGCUGACAGCAAGGCAACUGGUGACAGGGAGACCACAGAGGAGCUGGUCUAGGCAGAAUUUCUCCACUCCCACUCAGUCCAGCCCCUGGGAGAGGAGGGGAAGGAACUGGGAUUGGGGGUGCUGGCGGCUCAGAACUGGCCCUAUGUCCUGUAGGGAGGGAACCGGGUUCCCGAAAAUUCGGGUCUCGACCUCGGAGGAGAAGUGGGGAGGGGAGAGGGGCCCAGUGGAACAGGUUUAGAGGAGGAGUGAUUUCUCUGUAUUGAGACAUUAAACACACGGCAGCUCCUGUCUUC